AUGAGCCGACAGUCCUCCACCCGCCCCAGUGCUAACAAACCCUGCAACAAGCAGCUGCUGCCACAGGCGCAGCACGCCCCGACCCCGGCUGUACCCCCGGCCGCUGCCACCAUCUCAGCUGCAGGCCCCAGCUCAUCCGUGGUGCCUGCCACGGCGGUGGUGAUCUCGGGCCCUGGCGGCGGCGGUGGGGGGGGGGCCAGCCCGAUGUCCCUGCAGCACCACAAGUUGACCUUGCUCUUCGAGUGUCCGGUCUACUUUGACUAUGUCCUGCCUCCCAUCCUGCAGUGCCAGGCCGGGCACCUGGUGUGUAACCAAUGCCGCCAGAAGCUGAGCUGCUGCCCGACAUGCAGGGGUGCCCUGACGCCAG